UCCUCUCAGAAAGAGAUUGUACUUCUGUUCGUGACGUUCUUUUCCAUUUGGUUUGAAACUGUACUAGCAGAAGAUAUCGUCUAUCACAGUAUACUACUGCGACAACAAUCAGGAAAAGUGCCGAAGAUUUCCUAAAUCGAAUUUUGGAGAACGAACAACUAGCUCACAGUCGUGUCAAUAUUUAGAUCAGAACAGAUCUACUGUAGGCCUACAUGAUAUUAGCUUUUUUACUUUUUGGAGUAUGAACCCACCCUGUGUAUUUCACCUCAUCAUAAGCAAAGUAGGAUCCGACUAAACUGUACACAGGCGAGUUUUGGGGAUUGGAGAUAAAAUAAGAAGAGCUGCAUUCUUGCAUUCCCCCUUUUCUACCUUCCUCUUUCCAGGUGAUGUGGAUUUAACCAUGGCCCGUGAUGCCUUUGAUGAAAAGGAGCAUUGGCCCACAGCAUUUGUGCUGCACAGCACUCCCCCACGGCAUCAGGAGUGAGCUGGAAUGUGUCAGCAAUGUCUCCUUGGCCAAUGCCAUCCGCCAGCUUGGCAGCCUCAGUAAGUAUGCAGAGGAGCUGUUUGGGGAGCUGUUUGAAGAAGCGCACUCUCUGUCAUACCGAGUAUACUCGCUGCAGGAGCGCAUUGAUCACCUCUCCAUCGACGUCACGCAGCUGGACCCCAAGGAGGAAGAGUUGUCUCUGCAGGAUAUUACUAUGAGAAAGGCCUUCCACAGCUCCACCAAACAGCACCAGCAGCUAUUCAACCGCUGGACAUUGCCUCUCGCUCUGCAAGAGACCUUUGACCUGUGUGAGGAGCCUCCGCCCCUCAACAUACUCUCUCCUUAUAGGGAUGAUGGAAAGGAAGGGCUGAAGUUCUACACAAACCCUUCCUACUUCUUUGAUCUGUGGAGAGAGAAGAUGCUGCAGGAUACAGAAGACAAGCGGAAGGAGAAGAGAAAACAGAGGCAUAAGAACAUUGACAGAUCUAUUGAAUUGGGGAGGAUCCCUCGAGCUCCCAACGACCGGCGCAAGGAGUGGCAGAGGCUGGCCCUGGGCCCAGAGUUAGCCAGAGAGGGGGUUGAUGGUGAGGAAGCUCACCAAUACCCCAGCAUGGCCAAUGGCCCUUCCAGCCACCCUGAUUCCAGGACAUUUCUAUGUAUGGACCUCAUAGACAGUGGAUCUUGCUCUCCGGAUGCCCUCCCUUAUGGGCCAAUGGAUGAGCUACACUUUCACGGAGGUGGGGACAGAAUGUGUGUUCCACCCCUUAUGUCUCCGCCUCCACCAGCACCCUUAUUGCCAGCCCCCACUUCAUACACCAUGAGAAACAGUACUCCCUCUGUUGCUAGCUCCAGCUCCAGGUUCACAGAUAGCCAAAGUCAGUGUACUGCUGGGACGUCAGUGUUCCUCAAUCCCAUUACCCCACCCCCACAGGCCCCCCCAUUACCUUCCAGUCUUUCCAGCUCCACAGUGAGAAUCCAUCACUCUCUCCACAUGCCUUCUGCAUCAGAUCACCCACCUCAUAACCCCAGCCCACAAAAUCUCCAUCAGACUGACUCAGGAUUCCUGCACCCCUCCUCUGUCCCAGUGACCCUGCCCCUGCAGCCCAUAUCACCAGUUAAUCUACAGCAAACCUCAGAUGGGGCCCCACACACUUCCCAGAUAGACAGCGCAACCCUGAGCCCACCACCGCACCCACCCCCUCUGCCCCUUCCAGGGAGUGCCUCUCAUCCUGGAGCGAUGGCCCCAUCCCCAGGCCUGCCUUUGGACCCGCCCAUGGACUCACCAUCAGUCCCACCCCCCUUUGCUGACUUGUCUUUUGGUGUUUGCCCAAAACACACCCACUGUGCUCAUGAAACCAAGCAUCAUCCUUCCAGCCUGCCUGUCAUCAGUGAAGCCAGGAGUGCUCUUCUGAAGGCAAUACUCGCAGGUAUUCAGCUCCGUAAAGUGGAGGAGCGGCUGGAUCAGGAGGCCAAGCACAAGCGUAUGGGCAAUGACGUGGCCACCAUCCUGUCGCGCCGCAUUGCUGUGGAGUACAGUGACUCAGAAGAAGGCUCAGAGUUUGAAGAAGGGGACUGGAUUUAGUAGGGACCAUAUCUGCCAUGACAUCUACAAAUAAAACAAUUAUACUCCUCCCAGUUACCUUCAAGGGGAGACGCACAAGAAGCCAUCCAUUAUUUUACCUUGCUUUUUGUGCUAAAUCGAAGAUUUCACUUAAUGUUUUUGGUUUAAUCACCACCACCUGGUUAAAAUGGAAUUGAAAUGGCACCAUAAUUAAUUUACUUUUCCUAUACUUCCACUUCUAAAAGCCCAAUUACAUUACAGCCUAAUUAACAGUACUGGGAUGACCUGAUUUUCAUUUAUUUGUGUAAUUCUUAAACAAUAGUAUGAAAUAUUUACGUUCAUAAUAUUUACUGCGUGUGCUAGAAAAACCUUAUGCUUGCACUCCUACUUCAUUAUUGCCUGUGCUCGGAAGUAAAUAGUGUGAAAUCUCUUUCCUAAUAAACACUUAUUUCUGUAGAGUUUCAACUUUUGAAGAA